AUGACGGCACAACCGCAGCCUGAUUUUUCCAGCCCAAUUCCUUUGAAACCCAGGAAAGAAAGAGUUCAAUACCCACGGGCUUGUCCUCACUGCGGAAAGUCCUUCCCGACCAGCACCAGGUAUCAUAAACACGUGUAUUUCCAUACAGCUGAGCGGAAGUUCAAGUGUGACUAUCCUGGCUGUGAGAAGUCCUACAAAAGAAAGGUGGAUUUGCUGGAUCACCAGUCUGUUCACCUUGCAGUGAAGCCAUUCAGAUGUAUAGCCAACUGUUGCAACAAGACUUUUGCGCGGAAAUGCGACUUGAUGAGCCAUGUGAGAUGCGCUCACAAUGGGCUUACUUGUGAAGCAUGUGGCCUCCGGUUUCGAAAGAAGGCAAAACUUCAGAAGCACUGGCAGUUGGUGCAUCCCAAUGUUGCUGAGGGUCAAAAAGUUCCGCAAGGGAAAUGCCCAUUUUGUAGCAAGACAUAUGCGAACCCGAGUGAUUUGGAAAGACACAAAAUGUCCCACCAUCGACAUGAGGGCUAUGAGGGCCUUGAGGGCAUUGUGCCGAAGAAGCACAAGUGCAAUAGUUGUGGGCAGACCUUUGAGAAGUUUUUGGACAUGGUACGACAUCGAAAGGCAGCACACCCCAAGACAUAUACUUGUGACGAAUGCGACUGGACUUGCAAACGGCCUGAUCAGCUCAAGCAUCACAAAGAUACGGUACAUCGCGGGAUGGUGGUUCCCUGCAAACACGAAGGUUGUCAUCACACUUUCAUGUCAACAGCUGCGAUGAAAUUGCAUUUCAGGGUGGCCCACUUGCAGAUGAAAGAGUUCAAGUGCAGACACUGUGACAAGACCUUCGCAUACAAGGGUGUCCUGCGAAAGCAUAUCGAGAAAGUGCAUCAGUUUGUGCCAACUGCAGAGGACCUUCAAAAGUCUGCAGGGGUCUGGGCCUGA